CCGCGCCUCUUUCCUUGUGACAUGUAGUUUCGCCCACGACCAUGCUCACCGCGAUGCUCACGUACAAUCCUCCCCCUCCUCCUCACCUCCUUCCUUGCUGGUGUGCGUGUUCGCGCAAACAGUCAUGGCGCAACGAUCGACUUUGCAACGCCGCACGGCGACAACGGUGAAGCGACAGGACGUACCUGAGCGGUCUGUGAGAGACGACCCAGAGGCGGAUCUGUUUGAAGAUGACGACGACAGCACGAAGCACACGCGCUUGACGCUGAUGGAGGAGGUGUUGCUUCUUGGCAUCAAGGACAAGGAGGGUUACACAUCGUUUUGGAACGACUGCAUUUCGUCUGGGCUUCGCGGGUGCAUGCUCAUUGAGCUUGGGCUGCGUGGAAAGGCCGAGUUGGAAGACACAGGCAUGCGCCGUCGCUCCAUCUCCUCCCGAAAAGUUGUCGUCACGCCAAAGGGCGAGCGUCCAACCGGCGAUGUGAUCCUCGACGAAGCACUCAAGCACCUGAGAACGACACACCCUGGGGAGACAGUGCAGGACUGGGUUGAGCUGUUGAGUGGAGAGACGUGGAACCCGCUGAAGCUCAAGUACCAGCUGCGCAACGUGCGGGAGCGACUGGCCAAGAAUCUGGUGGAGAAGGGCGUGCUGACAACGGAGAAGCAGAACUUUCUCCUGUUUGACAUGACGACCCACCCCGUGACAGACACGACGGCCAAGGAGCGCGUGGUGAAGAAGGUGCAGGAUGCGGUGCUCUCCAAGUGGCAGAACGACGCCAGCCGCAUGGACAAGCGCACCCUGGCGCUGGUGUACAUGGCCCACGCCUCGGACGUGCUGGAGAACGCGUUUGCGCCGCUGUCUGACGAGGACUACGAGCUUGCGAUGCGGCGCGUGCGGGAGCUGCUUGAUCUUGAUCCAGAGGUCGAGGCAACAAAACCAAACGCAUGCGAGAUUCUCUGGGCCGUCGUCGCCGCCUUCCUCAAGUGA